CUCACCAAGUCCCCAAUCCAACCCAAUUUGACGGCUGCAUCCCCUCGAGCAGCAAUUGCAAGUGCCCCGCCGGCGAGAGUUCCACCAUGCAGAGCGUCGUACGCGCUGGUGCUCGUGUGGCAGCACGCUCGUCCCGCCAGAUCCUCGCGGCGUCCCCCACCGCGCGAUCCCUUCCCCGAGCCCUCGUGGGCAGCGCGGUGCCCAGCCGUCUAUAUGCGUCGUCCAGCGAUGGCAAGAAGUCGUCCAUAUACGCUGCCUUCCUCAACCUCCUGGCCAGUGCCAGCUCGCGCAGAGAGGUCGACCAGUACCUCGGCCAGUUCCGCUCCGUGUCACCGCACCAAUUCGCCGUCGUGAAGGUUGGAGGCGCAAUCCUUACUGACCAUCUGCAAGAGCUAUGCUUCGCCCUGCAGCAGCUCCACGCGAUCGGCCUGUACCCCAUCAUUGUUCACGGCGCCGGCCCCCAGAUGAACCAGCUACUCCUGGACUCUGGCGUGGAGCCCGACUUCAUUGAUGGCAUCCGGGUUACAGACAAGAAGACGCUGGGCAUUGCUCGCAAGCUGUUUCUCGAAGCAAACAUGGAUCUGGUCAUGACGUUGAAGAGGGACUGGGGUGUGCCUGCCCGCCCCAUUACUGCCGGCGCGCUGCAGGCCGACUACCUGGACAAGGAGAAGUGGAAGUACGUGGGCAAGAUCAACAAGAUCAAUCCCAGGCCCAUCAUGGAUGCGCUCGAAAACAACGAACUGCCCAUUCUGUGCUCCAUGGCCGAGACCGAGGACGUAGUUGCGGCAGCUUUGGCUCGUGAAUUCGAGCCGCUGAAGGUCAUUUACCUGUCCGAAAAGGGUGGGCUGUUCAACGCCGAGACUGGCAAGCUGAUCUCGCACAUCAACUUGGAGGGCGAGUACGACACAUACAUGAACCAGGCUUGGGUGAGAUACGGCACCAAGCUCAAGAUUGUAGAAGCAAAGAACCUGCUCGAUGGCCUGCCACGAACAUCGAGCGUCGCCAUCACCCACCCCUCAAACCUCGGAAAGGAGCUGUUCACGCACACUGGAGGUGGUACAUUGAUUCGCAAUGGCGGCAGCGUCAAAGAGGUCUCCAAGUUUGAGGAGCUGGACAUCAAGGCCCUGUCGGAAGCGCUUGCCAAAGAACGAGGAGGCGCCGAAGCUUCUGAUGCCGUCAACAAAUACCUCGACAACCUCAAGAGCCGUUCGUUCGAGGUCUUCUCUGACGACUCCAUGGGCGUCGUAGCUGUUGUGUACCCGUCAGCUCAGGAUGGCGAGUUUGCUCAGCUUUCAACCUUCUCUACCACCAAGGAAGCGUUCCGAACCAACGUGACCGACCUGGUCUUCGAGCGCAUCAAGCAGAAAUACCCAAAGCUCUAUUGGGUCGUGGAUAGCCAGGAGCAGAACCUGGUCAAGUGGCACUUGGAAAAGACUGACGGCUUCCUCCGACGCGACCAAGAAAUCUUCUGCUGGUGGGGAACUGCAGAGUCGAAGGAAAUCUUCUCGUUGCUUGAGGACUACUCAAAGCAGGGGCGUGGAAUGCUAAAGGACAGCUUAGACCAUCAAUUCAGGAGGGCAGCCGACUUUGUCGCCAGUCUGAAACAGGGCCAGCAGGUCCGGACUUACUCGACGGCAACAGCCCCGCGACCUAUGGGACGUUCAUCAAGGCCAACUGCGAGGCAGAUUUACAGUCCUGCCGCAAGCCGGGGCUUCGCAACUACCGUCCCCAGAUCAGAAGAGACCACUAACCCCAAUCCUCCAUAUGGCAUCAAGUUCAAGAGCAGAGACUGGCCGGCAAAGGUGGCCUUGAUCGGUGCCCGAGGUUACACUGGACAGGCUCUCAUCGAGCUCCUCAACAAGCACCCGAACAUGGAUUUACGCCAUGUCUCUUCGCGUGAGCUCAAAGGCAAGAAGCUUGAAGGAUACACCAAGCGCAACAUUGUCUACGAGAACCUUUCGCCAGAGGACGUCAAGCGCAUGGCUGAGAAAGGCGAAGUUGAUUGCUGGGUUAUGGCUCUGCCCAACGGUGUAUGCAAGCCUUUUGUUGACGCGAUUAAUGAGUCCGGAAAAUCUGAUGCUGUCAUCGUCGAUCUGAGCGCUGAUUACCGAUUUGAUGACACUUGGACAUAUGGUCUGCCCGAGACAGUCGACCGCCGGAAGCUUGCUGAUGCCAAGAGAAUAGCAAAUCCUGGAUGCUACGCCACCGCCGCACAGCUUGGUAUUGCGCCUCUGCUUGAGUUCAUCGGUGGCCAGCCCACGGUAUUCGGUGUUUCUGGUUACUCGGGGGCUGGCACCAAGCCCAGUCCUAAGAAUGACGUCAAACACCUCGAGAACAACCUUAUCCCGUACAGCUUGACGGACCAUAUUCACGAGAAGGAAAUUUCAAGGCAACUGGGUACCGAGGUGGCCUUCAUCCCUCAUGUAGCGGUCUGGUUCCAAGGAAUUCACCACACCAUUUCUAUUCCACUCAACCGCACAAUGACAUCCCGAGACAUUCGCAAUCUCUACCAGGAUCGCUAUGCAGGUGAAAAGCUCGUCAAAGUUGUUGGCGAGUCACCUCUGGUGAAGAACAUCUCGGGCAAGCACGGUGUCGAAAUUGGUGGAUUUGCCGUUCACAGCUCUGGGAAGCGUGUUGUUGUUAACGCGACAAUCGACAAUCUGCUCAAGGGUGCUGCGACGCAAUGUUUGCAGAACAUGAAUCUAGCCCUCGGAUACGGGGAAUAUGAGGGUAUCCCUUACUGAGCAAACUAGGACAGAGCGAUGUGGAACAUUUCCAAGUGCAAAAAUUAUUGUGUCGGGCUAGCGUUUUUGAAUGUAUAUAUCAUAUCCCAUGUCUUUUAGUAGACAACCGAGUGAGAAUUGCGUUGGUUUCUGAUUUGCAUCAGUAUAAGUGGACGUAGGUAGGGCACUUGACGGAGCUAAUUACUGGAGUAUGCCCCUUAGUUCCUCAAAUAUCGAGCGAUAGGACAGAGUGUGUCACUUUGACCAUGAUC